CACCCCCUAAUUUUUCGCUGUUGCUAUUUAUUUUGUGCAAUUGAUCAUUCCUCUCCGCCAUCCUGUUACAUUUGCUGUCAAGGACUGGUUUUGUAGAUCAAAGCUGCUGGAUUAUAUAGUAUUAGAUCUUCUGCAGGUAGUUUGAUUGUUACAUUGAGCUGAGGAUGUUUUUGGCUGUGAUUAUUAGAAGUGGCUUUGUGCUAAUUCUGUUCAGUUGUGUAGUCUAUUUGAGGUAGGAAACCUCUAUCAAAGCUGUGAGUUACAUUUGUCGGUGAUAACAGGUUUAGAUAUGGCCGUUUCCGGUUUACACAAUGUCCCGGAUUUUGCUUGGUCUGGUGAGCCACUGAAAAGAGACCCAGGCAGGUGGGAUGGUGACCAUUGUAGGCGUAGCACAACGCCAUCCACUCUCUUUCAGAUGUGGCGGGAGAUUGAGGGCGAACAUUCGUUCAGUCAAUCGUACAGGUCAAGGCAACAGAGAAACGGUUCCGAUUCUGAGUGCAGAAGCACAGUCACAUCUGUAGGAGACAGGAGCGAGAAUGUUGAUGCUAUGUCUCAAGUUUCUAACGAGUCUGAAAACCAAGGAUUUAGUGGUGGUUCGGAGAGUGAACAUGAGGAUAAUAAUAGUGUAAUAUCAGAGCAAUCUAGUGACUUCAGAGAGAUUGAACGGGAAAGGGUGAGGCAAAUUUUUCGAGAGUGGUUGAAUAGUUCUCCUAAGCGUCAUCCAUCUGAUGGAUUUAAUAGUAAAAAUCGUGCACGGAAAUGUGUUGGAGAUACUGAAUCUGAAAGGGUAAGGAUUCUCAGGGAACGAGCACCAAAUACUUCCCAGCAGAGAAGUGGCUGUGCAUCGUCUGGAGAGGGAGGUUCUGAAGUUGCAUCUCAAACUGUGCAGGUGGGUGAUAGAUUGGUGAUUAACCAUACAGAGUUUUGUGCACGAAGGCCCCUUCGUAGGUUAUAUGGGAGACAGACUCUUCUUGACCUUCUCGUAAAGGCUCAAAGUGAAAGAAAAAGAGAACUUCUAUGCCUGUCAGAGCAGAAACCUGUGUCUAAUUUUGCUUACCAUAAUCGCAUUCAGGCGCUUCUAAGAGGUAGGUUCCUAAGAAAUGGAAGUUCUGCGGUGGAUGAAAGACCAUAUUCAGUGGCUGCCACUGAACUGGGUUUUCUUAGACAAAGACAGACGGUAUCGGAUCUUAGGGAAGGGUUCCUCUCCAAGUUGGACAAUGCAGGUUCUGCUUCAAUGAACAGUGCUGGGUCCAUUUCUUGUUAUAAUGAUGGGAAUAAGGGUGAAGGAAAGUGUACUUGCACUGAAGGGACGGUUACUGGAAAUCAUAUAGCUGCAGACUUGGAAAGUACCACGGUAGGUGGGAAUUGCAAUACGCAGGAUCUUGAAGUAAUUGAUGAAGCAGAGGAACCUGUUUUGGUUGAUGAAAGAAGCCCAGAAGAUGUGUCAGUUUGUGCUGAAAGUGCUAGUGGUAUAGAGGAGUUAGUUUUGGUGACUGAAGCAAGACAGCAUGGAGCAUGUAGUCGUGCUGAAGAUGAAGAUAUGAAUCUCACAUUUAGAAAUGAAUCUUUGCUAGAAUCUGCAGACAUAGAUUGCAGUGGAUCCUUUUAUAAAUCCACAAGUGGUGAAACUUCUGUUCAUGAAGUAGAUGAUAAUACUACUGGUUUGGAAGGAAACACAAAUGAGGAAUUCAAUUCAUAUGAUGCCUCACCUGAAGAAUAUCAAGGGUCGGUAACUGCAUUUAAUGAAAGUAUGGCGCAAAAUGUAAAUACUGUUGCAUUUACUGAAUGGGCCGACAGUAGCAGACAAAACAGUGACAGAAGUUGGCAAGAAAGAGCCUCUAGUCAAUCAUUUCCCGGACCAUCUGGUAACAAUGUUGAAGAGCAAGAUCAGAUGCAAGAAUCUUAUGACUGGCUGGGCCAUGAUUGCCAAGAGGCUAUUGACAGUUGGCGAGACAUGCCUUCUAGUGAGGCUGGAGAAUCUGUUAGAGAAGUUGCAACUGCUUAUUUCCCAGAUGAUGAUAAAGUUAACACUGUGGAACUAAGAGAGCUUUUCAGACGGAGAUGUGUAUCUAGCCUUCUUCAUAGCAGUUUCCGUGAGAGUCUAAAUCACGUGUUACAGUCUCACAUGGAAAGGCUUGGUCAUGCUUCUGUUGAUUGGGAACCGGACAGUGCAUCCUUUCCUCCUCACAUUGAGCAAGACCCUGAACAGGUAGAUAGUGAGCAAUCUCUGGCUCCAUCUGAGAGAAACUCAUUUAUGCAGUCUUCAACACUUUUUGAGGCAUCACAACAACUGUGGGAUGAAGAUUUGCAAGUUACAGAUUGUGCACGCCAUCACUUAAAUCAGCAGUUUGGAACAGAGUGGGAGGUCAUCAAUAUAUUACGGAUUGACAUGGCUAGGCUUCUGCAAAGGAUGAACAAUAUGAAAGGUAUGCUUGAAGCUUGCAUGGAUUUGCAAAUAGAGUUGCAGCGGUUAUUGCAUCAAGAGGUUUCUGCAGCUUUAAAUCGGCCAAUCUCUUCAGAAGAUGCACCCAAGGAUAACAGGGUUCAUGAUGAAUCUCAACUGGAUCACGUCAAGAGAGGAAUUUGCUGCGUAUGUCAGCACAGUAAAAUUGAUUCCUUGCUCUACAGGUGUGGGCACAUGUGCACCUGUACAAAUUGUGCAGAAAAUCUGGUCCAGUCUCACGGGAAGUGUCCGAUGUGUUGUGCUCCAGCAGUAGAGGCUGUACGCGCCUUCUUCAUCCAGUAAAGAAAGGAAAUUCAACAUACAUGUAAACUGCAUAGGAUUUGAAUCACGCAAAUCCUUCCUGGUCUACAAACCUACUAAGAUAACCUAAAUCUGAAAAUAUACUAACAAGCAUUUAGGUAACACCUUACACACUAGAGUUGAAUAUCAAUUGGUGUUUUCUUCAGCAGACGACUCAUCUGAUUUGUCCCUGAUUAUUACAAGAGCUGAAGCAUAUCUACAGUCAUUUCUUGGAAGUAUUUCAUGGCCAGUAUAUCGAUGAGGCGAUUCAGGUGGCCGUUCAAGGCCCGGAAUUGAUGCCAAAUGUACUUUCAUGAAUAUAUGCAUAUGUAUAUUUUUUGUAAAAUUAUUAUAUGAAAGCAGUUUGGAAAUGGUGAUACUUGUUCAGUUGUUUGUUAUUCUUAAAUAAUUAUAGUCUUCAUUUUGAUUC